AUGGUGGCUUCGCCGUACACCUGGGAGGGGGAGUUUGUUCUUCAUAAACCAUGGGCAGAUGUUAUGCGUGCAGCACAAGUCAAGUAUCCUAACCCGUUCAAUCCCAAUGUUUUGUCAAUUGAUGUCCUUUCCCGGGAGAUUGAUCCUGAUGAGUCUAACAAUGUGGAUCUUCGCGGUGUGAUCAAGGCCUAUGAGAAGUUAGAAUAUAAAGCCCAUCCUGAGAACAAAGAAUGGACUGUCGUCCGGCACACUGUUGCAGUGGAUGCCUUCUCUCUCGUUGCUUAUCCGGCCCUCUCAGUGAGCAAGAAGAAUGCGAAGCUGGUAGGUCGUCUAAUCUUUCCUUAUUCCUGUGCGGCGGUUCAGACCUAA